AUGUUCUCUGAUCAAGCAGCCGCCGCUCCGUCGGAGAAGGUGAAUAGCCAGAAGGAAAACAUCGGCAUCUUGAGCUCAAACAAUUGGAGCGCGGCCAAUACCAGCGUGAUGUCGAAAAUCCUUGCUCCUGGACAAAACAACACUGCUGGUGACAUCCAACCCGCUGCUCUGAUGGACAUCACAAACACUGCAUCUGAUCAACAGCCCGUCAGUCAAACCAACUGGAGCAUGGACGUCCAUGACGACUUGGACAAUGAAGGUGCUUUUAUGCACAUGUGUGAGGAGGAGCUGACCGGAGCCUCCGACCUGGAAAAUCUUCGUGGCGCUCGCAACCGCCUCUGGGGUGCUGAGAUCGACCAGCGUUUCGACAGCGCGGUGUUUGGUCACGUCGAGGGUGUCCAUCUCCAGGUGCCCAUGCCUGUCACAGCCAUUGUCGCCAAACACAAAUCCACCGCUGCGAACAUCGCCGCGUCCGCACGGGCCGCCACCCAUGCAAACACGGUCACAGACGUCGCUUGCAACAUGGCCCGCCGAGUCACUACCUCGACCCACCUGGCCAACGCUGACGUCCUCGCUCGCUUCAUCCACGGGAGCACGCGCGCACCUGGCCAGCUCUAUUCGUGGGUCACCUCGGGCUUUUCUUCGCCGGGCGUCAGCUCCGGCUCGGACAACGCCAAUACCGCGUCCUACUUUAGCAUCCACGACCAGAGCGUUUUCCGACCCUCCGUCUGCGGCACGCCGCUCAGCACGCUGCCCACCCAGAUGGGAACCCCGCUUACUUCGCUGUCGCCAGCCCUCUACAGCACGCCGCCCACGAGCUAUAACAGCUCGCCCAAUGCGUCUUCUACCAACGUGGCGUCGACCGAGCAUGGAACAAUGGACCCUGGUGACUACCAGACUAUGACUGGGGGUACUCUGUUUGAGCGUGGUCCUGACGGUGUCGUCGUGUCGGUUGCACCUUUCAGCGUGGACGCUGCAGGUCGUGAGAAUGGGCAAGUUGCUCGCAUUCAGGACAAUGACGAGGACGGCUACGAAAUGGUCUUUGUUAUGGACGGAGAGGCCACGCCCUCCCAGAAUCCUCGCGGCCAGGAUCAGGAUGUCAUGGACGGAACUUUCUGCGUUCUUGAUGCAGUUCCCUCGAUCAACACCGGCCCCUGA